AUAUCAGAUGUCAUAGAUUCUUUGGAUCCGAAAUUUCCACUGUAUAGAAUUGGUAGCUUAUCAAAUUCGAAAAUAUCAAAAUUAAAAGACAAUGACUUAGAUGCUCUUAUGGCUAAUGUUUCUCCGGCACCACCAGUUUCUGAAGAAAAAAGCGCUUAUCACGAUCAGUUAGUAUAUAUCUUUACCAGUGGCACAACUGGUCUUCCAAAAGCAGCAGUUAUAACAAAUUCUAGGUUUAUGUUUAUGGCAACUGGUAUAUUUAUGUUGGCAAAGUUCAAAAACUCAGAUAUAAUUUAUACGCCUUUACCAUUGUAUCACACUGCUGGUGGUGUAAUGGCUGUUGGAGCAGCUUUGCUUCAUGGCGCAACAGUUAUUGCUCAGUAUAUUGGGGAAAUGUGUAGAUAUAUUUUAGCUGUACCUCCGAAACCAGAAGACAAGCAACACAAAAUUAGAGUGAUGUUUGGGAACGGUUUGAGACCACAAAUAUGGCGUGAAUUCGUAGAACGUUUUAACAUUCCACAAAUUGCUGAAUUCUAUGGAGCAACAGAAGGCAAUGCUAAUAUAGUAAACAUUAACAAUACCGUUGGGGCUAUUGGUUUUGUGUCCCGAAUUGUUCCAUCAGUGUAUCCUAUUUCUAUUAUAAAAGUUGAUGCUGAUGGAGAACCUAUAAGGGAUGAAAAAGGUUUAUGUCAAUUGUGUAAACCAAAUGAACCAGGUGUUUUUAUUGGAAAGAUUAUACCUAACAAUCCAUUUAGAGCAUAUUUAGGAUAUGUAGAUCAGAAAGCGUCCGAAAAAAAGAUAGUUCGUGAUGUAUUUACUAAAGGCGAUUCAGCAUUUAUAUCUGAUAGAACAGGCGAUACCUUUAGAUGGAAAGGAGAAAAUGUGUCCACAUCCGAAGUCGAAGCUAUUAUCAGUAAUGUUAUUAGUUAUAGAGAUUGUAUUGUAUAUGGAGUGGAGAUUCCAGGUCUUGAAGGUAAAGCUGGAAUGGCAGCAAUAUAUGAUGAAAAAGCUACCUUAGAUAUUGAUCAAUUAUCAGUUGAUCUAAAGGAGCAUUUAGCAACUUACGCAAUACCUAGAUUUAUUAGGAUUUUAUCGAAAAUUGAUCUCACAGGCACAUUCAAAUUGAAAAAGAAAGAUCUUGUGGAUGAAGGAUACAAUCCAAAUAGGAUAGGAGACAAAUUAUAUUAUUUAAAUGAAAAGUCUGCAUACCAGUUGUUAACUACUGAAAUUUAUGAGCAGAUUCAACAAGGAAAAGUUCGUUUCUAAAUUCUGUUCUAAAAUAAAAAGAAAUCUCGUGGGAACAAUUCUUGCAGCUCUUUACAUAUGAAGUGAAGAGACUUUCCGUCUUUCUCUCUCUUCAUUCUGCUGAAUCAAAAAUUUAUUUUGUACUGGGAUAUUAUAAUAAUAAUUAAAUUACAUAAUUUGAAACUAUUAUUUUUUAAGAUACAAAUAUAUAUUUUCUAGAAUUCUUAGUCCGAUUAAUACUUACGUAUAAAAUAAGUUGCAUUAAGUUAGAACUGUUUUUUACUUAAAAAUGAAAUGAAUAUUAUUUAUUUUUCUGAAUUAUGUUAGUUAUGCUUAUUUUGUGUGUGUGUGUGCGUGCGUGUGCGUGUGUGUGCGUGUAUGUGCGUGCGUGUGUGUAAUAUAUAUAAUAAUUUAGAAUUAUUAUAUAUAUUAUAUAUAAUUAUAUAUAUAUAAUGAUAUAUGUAAUUAAAUCAUUUUAUCUUAAAGUUU